AGCGUUUUUGAAACGUUGGGGUAGUUGGAGUGGUUGGAUUUUCCCUGGAAUUGAGUGAGAAAUUCAGAAGACUGAAGCCCAGGCUUACUGUCUACCUUUCACGGAGGCCUAGCCGUGAGAGGACAGAAGAAGGCACGUGGCGAAUCAUGACAGCGGACAAAGACAAAGACAAGGACAAAGAGAAGGACCGGGACCGAGAUCGGGACCGAGAGAGAGAGAAACGAGACAGAGCAAGAGAGGGUGAGAAUUCAAGACCGCGUAGGAGCUGCACCUUGGAAGGAGGAGCCAAAAAUUAUGCCGAGAGUGACCACAGCGAAGAUGAGGAUAAUGACAACAAUAGUGCCACCACAGAGGAGUCCACGAAGAAGAACAAAAAGAAACCACCGAAAAAAAAAUCUCGUUAUGAAAGGACAGACACUGGCGAGAUAACCUCUUACGUCACUGAGGAUGAUGUUGUCUACAGACCAGGAGACUGUGUGUAUAUCGAGAGUCGGAGGCCAAACACGCCGUAUUUCAUCUGUAGCAUUCAAGACUUCAAACUGGUCCACAACUCCCAGGCCUGCUGCAGAUCUCCAACUCCUGCUUUGUGUGACCCCCCAGCAUGCUCUCUGCCGGUGGCAUCACAGCCACCACAACAUCUUUCUGAAGCCGGGAGAGGGCCUGUAGGGAGUAAGAGGGACCAUCUACUCAUGAACGUCAAAUGGUACUACCGUCAGUCUGAAGUUCCAGAUUCUGUGUACCAGCAUUUGGUUCAGGAUCGGCAUAAUGAAAAUGACUCUGGAAGAGAACUUGUCAUUACAGACCCAGUUAUCAAGAACCGAGAGCUCUUCAUUUCUGAUUAUGUUGACACAUACCAUGCUGCUGCCCUUAGAGGGAAGUGUAACAUCUCCCAUUUUUCUGACAUAUUUGCUGCUAGAGAGUUUAAAGCUCGAGUGGAUUCAUUUUUCUACAUAUUAGGCUACAACCCUGAGACAAGGAGGCUGAACAGCACCCAGGGGGAAAUUCGUGUUGGUCCUAGCCAUCAGGCCAAACUUCCUGAAUUGCAACCGUUCCCUUCUCCAGAUGGUGACGCUGUGACCCAACAUGAGGAACUGGUCUGGAUGCCUGGAGUUAAUGACUGUGACCUCCUUAUGUACUUGAGGGCAGCAAGGAGCAUGGCAGCAUUCGCAGGGAUGUGUGAUGGAGGUUCCACAGAAGAUGGCUGUGUUGCAGCAUCUCGGGAUGACACUACCCUUAAUGCACUGAAUACACUACAUGAAAGUGGCUAUGACGCUGGCAAAGCCCUGCAGCGCCUGGUAAAGAAGCCUGUGCCCAAGCUGAUCGAAAAGUGCUGGACGGAGGAUGAAGUGAAACGCUUCGUUAAGGGGCUCAGGCAGUACGGCAAGAACUUCUUCAGAAUUAGAAAGGAGCUGCUUCCCAAUAAGGAAACAGGGGAGCUGAUCACCUUCUAUUACUACUGGAAGAAAACCCCCGAAGCAGCCAGCUCCCGGGCCCAUCGGAGGCACCGCAGGCAGGCCGUGUUCAGGAGGAUCAAGACCCGCACCGCAUCCACACCCGUCAGCACGCCCUCCAGACCCCCCUCCAGCGAAUUCCUGGACUUGAGUUCAGCCAGCGAGGAUGACUUUGACAGUGAAGACAGCGAGCAGGAAUUAAAGGGGUACGCCUGCCGCCACUGCUUUACCACCACCUCCAAAGACUGGCACCACGGGGGCCGGGAGAACAUCCUGCUCUGCACGGACUGCCGCAUCCACUUCAAGAAAUACGGCGAGCUCCCCCCCAUUGAGAAGCCCGUGGACCCUCCCCCAUUCAUGUUCAAACCCGUCAAAGAGGAAGAUGAUGGGCUCAGUGGGAAGCAUAGCAUGAGGACUCGGCGCAGUCGUGGCUCGAUGUCUACACUGCGCAGUGGUCGAAAGAAGCAGCCAGCCAGCCCUGAUGGUCGUGCCUCGCCCAUCAAUGAAGACAUCCGCUCCAGUGGCCGGAACUCGCCCAGCGCUGCCAGCACCUCUAGCAAUGACAGUAAAGCGGAGACAGUGAAGAAGUCAGCCAAGAAGGUGAAGGAGGAAGCCUCAUCCCCCCUUAAGAGCACCAAGCGCCAGCGGGAGAAGGUGGCCUCUGACACAGAGGAGGCCGACAGGACCAGCUCCAAGAAGACGAAAACCCAGGAGAUCAGCCGGCCCAACUCGCCAUCCGAAGGUGAGGGAGAGAGUUCGGACAGCCGCAGCGUCAACGAUGAGGGCAGCAGUGACCCCAAAGACAUCGACCAGGACAAUCGCAGCACGUCCCCCAGCAUUCCCAGCCCCCAGGACAACGAGAGCGACUCGGACUCUUCGGCUCAGCAGCAGAUGCUGCAGGCCCAGCCCCCAGCCUUGCAGGGGACCCCCAGUGCGGCCCCUCCAGCACCCUCCACCGCCCCACCGGGAACCUCCCAGCUCCCCACACCAGGGCCCGCGCCCUCUGCCACUGCAGGCCCUCCACAGGGCUCCCCCUCGGCCUCCCAGCCCCCCGGCCAGCCACAGGCCCCGGUGGUUCCUGCUCCCCAUGCUCAUAUCCAGCAGGCGCCCGCCCUGCACCCACAGCGGCUGCCCUCACCGCAUCCCCCGCUCCAGUCUCUGACCGUGCCAGCUGGCCAGACCUCCGCCCCACCUCACAGCCAGCCCCCGCUGCAUAGUCAGGGCCCAGGUGGCCCUCACAGCCUCCAGGCUGGGCCCCUGCUGCAGCACCCAGGCCCCCCUCAGCCCUUUGGCCUCCCUCCCCAGGCCUCUCAGGCGUCAGCUCUCCCUCAUGCCUCCUUGCAGCCCGCAGCCUCGCAGUCAACACUGCAGCCCCAGCAGCCCCCACGGGAGCAGCCCCUGCCGCCAGCCCCCUUGGCCAUGCCCCACAUCAAGCCCCCACCCACCACGCCCAUCCCCCAGCUGCCGGCCCCCCAAGCCCACAAGCACCCACCUCACCUCUCAGGGCCCUCGCCCUUCUCCAUGAAUGCCAACCUCCCACCCCCUCCAGCACUGAAGCCCCUGAGCUCCCUGUCCACACACCAUCCCCCAUCAGCCCAUCCCCCUCCCCUGCAACUCAUGCCUCAGAGCCAGCCCCUGCCCUCCUCCCCUGCACAGCCCCCAGUGCUGACCCAGAGCCAGAGCCUGCCUCCUGCUGCUGCCGCUCACCCCCCAGCAGGCCUCCACCAGGUGCCCCCCCAGCCCCCAUUUGCUCAGCACCCCUUUGUCCCUGGGGGACCUCCUCCCAUCACUCCUCCAACCUGCUCCUCCACCUCCACCCCCACCCCAGCUGCGGGACCUGGCCCCUCGGCCCAGGCACCCUGCUCUGCUGCUGUUCCCUCGGGAGGCAGUGUACCCGGGGGGACAGCCUGCCCGCUCCCCACGGUCCAGAUCAAGGAAGAGGCUCUGGAUGAUGCUGAGGAGCCUGAGAGCCCACCUCCCCCACCUAGGAGCCCAUCCCCCGAGCCCACGGUGGUGGACACCCCCAGCCAUGCCAGCCAGUCAGCCAGGUUCUACAAACAUCUGGACCGUGGUUACAACUCGUGUGCACGGACAGACCUGUAUUUCAUGCCUCUGGCGGGAUCCAAACUGGCCAAGAAGAGGGAGGAGGCCGUCGAGAAGGCCAAACGGGAGGCUGAGCAGAAAGCACGAGAGGAGCGGGAGCGCGAGAAGGAGAAGGAGAAGGAGCGCGAGCGGGAACGAGAGCGGGAGCGGGAGGCAGAGAGAGCAGCCAAGGCGUCCAGCUCAGCCCACGAGGGCCGCCUCAGCGACCCCCAGCUCAGCGGUCCCGGCCACAUGCGGCCAUCCUUCGAGCCGCCACCAACCACCAUUGCUGCGGUGCCUCCAUACAUCGGGCCCGACACGCCUGCCCUUCGGACUCUGAGCGAGUACGCUCGGCCCCAUGUCAUGUCACCCACCAACCGCAACCACCCCUUUUACAUGCCCCUCAACCCCACUGACCCCCUGCUGGCCUACCACAUGCCCGGCCUCUACAACGUGGACCCCACCAUCCGGGAGCGGGAGCUCCGGGAGCGGGAGAUCCGGGAGCGGGAGAUCCGGGAGCGGGAGCUACGGGAGAGGAUGAAGCCAGGCUUCGAGGUGAAGCCCCCGGAGCUGGACCCCCUGCACCCAGCCACCAACCCCAUGGAGCACUUCGCCCGGCACAGCGCCCUCACCAUCCCCCCCACUGCGGGCCCCCACCCUUUUGCUUCUUUCCACCCGGGCCUGAACCCCCUGGAGAGGGAGAGACUGGCCCUGGCGGGCCCCCAGCUACGGCCUGAGAUGAGCUACCCUGAUAGACUGGCGGCCGAGCGGAUCCACGCCGAGCGCAUGGCAUCGCUGACCAGCGACCCUCUGGCCCGCCUGCAGAUGUUCAACGUGACUCCACACCACCACCAGCACUCACACAUCCACUCGCACCUCCACCUCCACCAGCAGGACCCCCUCCACCAAGGUUCAGCAGGCCCAGUGCACCCGCUGGUUGACCCCCUGACCGCUGGCCCUCACCUGGCUCGCUUUCCCUAUCCCCCUGGCACCCUCCCCAAUCCUCUGCUUGGACAGCCCCCCCAUGAGCACGAGAUGCUUCGUCAUCCAGUGUUUGGUACCCCCUACCCCCGAGACCUGCCUGGGGCCAUUCCACCCCCCAUGUCUGCAGCCCACCAGCUGCAGGCCAUGCAUGCCCAGUCAGCAGAGCUGCAGAGACUGGCCAUGGAACAGCAGUGGCUGCAUGGACACCCCCACAUGCAUGGUGGCCACCUACCAAGUCAGGAAGAUUAUUACAGUCGACUGAAGAAAGAAGGUGACAAGCAGUUAUAAGUUAUUUAUUUGUUAGCGCUGGCUGUGGAAACCCCAAUUCUUGGGGGGAGAAACAGGACUUUUUACAUACAAUACGAGCUACAAAAGCAAAAAGAAUAUCUUCUAAAGAUUUCUUUAUAUAUUUAAAAACCCCACCACUAAAAAUGUUAUCAGCAUAAUAGUGUUUGUUUGUAGAGAGGAUUCCUUGAGACUGGUUUGGGUCUCCCUGCAUGACAGUCCCCCAGAAACUUAGUGAGUCCUGGACUGGACUGAACAUUCAGAAAACUUUCCCUGCAAUCUUGGGGUUUGGCUUUAGUUUUCUUUUCCUUCCUUGAUUUCUUGGUAGGUGCUAGAAUCCAGUUCACACCCUUCACUGUGCGUGCAGACACACUCAGUUACGUGUGUUCCAGAACCCACGAGGUUUGCAGAUAGGUGGCAUAUGAAUUUGGAAUCCAAGAGCUAUAAUUUUUAAAAAAAACUUUUAUUUUAAUACAUUGUAGGAGAUCUUCAUAAUUUGAGAAAGUUCUGCAGCAUGGCUUUUUACGUCUGUAAAUAAAUAAUUUUAGAAUGGCAUUUUUUUUUCUUCCACAAACUAUUCUGAUCUAUUUUUUCCAGCCAUGUCACUAAUUGUGAAUUCCUACCAGCUAUUGACAGAAUACAGAGUUGAUUUUUUAAUAAAAAGUUAUAUAUAAUUAUCCCUUUAAUUAAAGGGAGCAGAUGGGCGUUACUAAUUGCAAACGGGCAGAGGCUUGGGACGCGGAGCGGUCGCAGCAGUGAGCAUCCAGGGGUCUGCAGGGAUGAUGUUACGGACCGUUUCUUUGUUUUGCUGCCUUGAUUUUCACUUCUGUCUGUUCCUAGCUUUUGCUUUGUCAGAGGUGCGGAUAUCUGUUAGAUGAAACCGUUUUUAUUUUGUCCCAGGAGUGCAGGAGUUAAAUGUCCACCUUGUUCUGUCUCUGCAGGAUAGAAAGAAAGCACAUGUUUCUGUGUGUCUGAUUGUAGAUUUCCUUCUAGAUUUCUGUGCACACACAUUUGGUUGUUCUGGAUGAACUGCCUUUUUAAAUACUCUGACAAUUUCAUAAACAUUCUAGAAAAUUCAAGAAAACACCAUUCCUUACAAAGAACUCAGCACACACACUUGCCAGAGGAAUUUGUUUUUUAAAAAAAACCUCUUUUUGUGUGUGUCAUCAUUAGGAUCUUCCUGUGGGGAGGCCAGGUCCUCCUGGCCACACAGCUGGAGGCCCCGGAGUUGGCAUGGUUGUGGGUGGCGGCCUGUGCAUCUCCCCCAGGAGCAGGUCCGUGCUUGGUGACCCACGUCGGAUGGGGACACCAUUUGAGUCCCACUGUUCCUCCUGGGAGUAGGAACACGAGUCGCAGCCACUGACGUGGAAUGAAAAGGCAGGCUUCCUUGCACCUGGGAGCUGCCAGUCUGAGGGCUCCAGCUGUUCUGCAGAGCAUCCACCUCUCCUUUCUGAGUUGCAGGCAUGGUGUGCUUUCUCCAGGGCGGAGGGCGGGGGA